AUGCAACGCACACCAAGCGACUCGUUGGACCCCUCUAUCGCGGCUUCCAAGGCGCUCGAUGCGUCUCAAUCGGGCUCGGACUGCUCGUCGCGUACCACGUCCCCUCGGUUUCCCAUCGCAAGACUCGAGCCAACCGAUAGAGCAGAGUGGCAAAGCCAGACCGUCGGGCGCAGUAGUCAUCGCAGAGACAGCCAACACCCGUUUGGCGAUCAUACAGCUCAGAGAAUCGUUCCAACCUCCUCGUCGACUCCUUCCACCCCAACCUCUGCGCUUCCAACAUCACGUACCUAUCAUAGCCUCAAUUAUGCCCCGCGUCAACGCAACUCGAUGCUGCGGCCUAAUGCUGCUUCCGUGUUUCAGCCCCACUCCCCGCAGUCAGCUCAACAGCAGCAAGCCGUGACAACAGCGUUUACUGGCUUGGCGCUUCCAUCUGGUCGAGUCUCACCAGCGCUGCCGUCGUACUCUUCGCCUCUGAGCGCCACUUCGUAUCUCCGCACUUCCCCCUCCUACCCCACCAUCUCGUUGCCAGACGCUGUCCCACCGCGCGAUAGCUCCAGAGUACGAGAUUCGGUCUCAUUGCAAGCGGACACAGCGCCAACUUCUCUAGCCCGCAUGCAGCUACAGCAGAUGCAAGAUGAAGCUCGAAGGCUCGGCUUGAAUGAGAAAAGCGCUGGUUGGCUCAUUCUCGAAGCUCUGCAGGCGGCCACCGAGGGCGAAUGGGCUGCGGUGGCAGAGCUGCUUGCCAACGGUGAUGCUACGCUGCUGCUCCCCCGCGAUCCUCCUUCUGUCUUUACCUCGUCAUCCCAGCUCAGUGCAUCGUUUGCAUACGACCACACCAUCUUCAAUGCUGCCUCCGCAUCCUCUACAAAGCCAUCGCCUUCAGCUGUUCCCUCGUCGGCUACUUGUCCGGACGCACUGUCCAUCUUGACUCUGUCGGGCUUGCGAGGUAGCCUCUCUCGAGCACCAUCUGACCAGAGCGAGCCAGACACUUUGGUUCAAGCCGUCGAAUCGCAACAAUUUCAACUCAUCCUCCAGUCAUUCGUAGUCAAGACUUCGCAGAGCGCCAUCUCGAACCUCAAAGAUGCAUCCUCACGGCAAGAAACGCUGGAAAUGCUUGCUCCGCUACCAAUCAUCACAUCGCUUGACAAGUCAAAUUGUCGCUAUCCUUCCUUUUCUCUAUUGGCGUCCAAUGCGCAAUUUCCUCUGCCUCCACCACUCAACGUACGCAAAGCCUCGUCUCAGAGUCAGGCAGGCGGAAAGAAUCGAGCUCGCUCCAAUUCCAAGCUAAAUGCGGCAGGUUCCAGAGCUUCGGCGUCGUUCGCGAGCAUUUUCGGCGGAAGCGGGCGCGAGCGCAGACGACAAGCCGAGGCGGCGGGCACAACUGGUUCCGAGAUGCUAGAUGCGCAAAGACUAUCUGUCAAUGCUACACAUCUUGACGUCCAGCCAUUUCAAGGCGCGAAUGUUGCUCAGGAUGGCUUGGAAAUUGAGUCUGGUGCCCAGAUACCGUCAAGCCUGGGGGUAGAACUCCGUGGUGAUCUCCAGCACACAACGAACGACGAAGCAACGAGCAUCAAAGAAAGCACUUGCGCCACCACGCAAAGAAGGUCGGUCUCGGUUUGGGUCGUAGAUCACCUCGUUCGUCGCUCGACGGUGAUGAAGAUGAUCAGAAAGGCACUCGACACACGCAUUAAAGAGAGGCUAUUGGCCAAAAGCAUUCCGGAAUCAAUCUCUGACGUCGUUGCCAGUUUCGCUGCCACCUAUCUCCCACCUGCACCGUCCCUCAAUGACGUUUCAGCUUCGAGGUCCGGAGGGGCUGAGCGAGGUCAGGCGAGCCACUCAAAUCGAUCUCGAGCCGCCUCUCCCGUCAAUGUCGUCAAUCCUCCGUACCUGGCAGAUCCCGAUGAGUUGUCGGAAAACUUUCAGGACUUUUUCAACAGCAUCCGUGAACAGCUGUACAACUUUGACUCUUCCCAGGCCGAGUAUCUGCGAGCAGACAGUGACACUGCAGCUGCGAUAGCUCGUAAUCCUGCUCCAAAUGCAUCGCUCGAGGAGCAGCACGCUCAACAUGAUCGCAUCGAACGACAACUCGAAGCAGUGGAGACUGUGCUUUGCGAAGAAGUGUACGAUCGCAUCUUUUGCCCCGUCACGUCUCGUGAUCGUUACCAUGACGAUGCACUGGCAUCCCGUAUCGCGGCGCUCAACGUUCUGGGCUUGUCACUGCGUCACCUUGGUUUGGUCGUGCCAUCAGAGCGUUUGCAAGAAGAUGAAAUUGAGGCGACAGAGAGCAAUGCACUGCUCGACGGGAUCGAACGCAUUGUCCAGCAAUGCGGUGACGAGCUGCAACGGCUUGAGAGCGCAAUGUGUCGUUCGCCGCAAGCAAAGCUUGACGUUCUGGUGCGGGCUCACAAGAUCGCGGUCGAAGGGGUGGCGCAAUUGCCCAGUAUCAAGAUGCGAGACGAUGACACUGCCGUUGAAGGCCAAGAAAAAGAACAGACAGCUCGUCCGUCAUCAGGCAAAAAGGGAGACGGCUCGACGAGCGCAGACUUGAUCCUUCCCAUCUUGAUUUACAGCAUCGUUUCGUCCAACCCUUCGCACCUGGCAAGUAAUUUGCUCUACAUCCAACGUUUCCGUGCCGAGAGCUUGGUGCAGGGCGAAACCUCGUACUGCCUCGUCAAUGUUCAGGCUGCCGUGGCGUUCCUCGAAAACGUCGAUGUCAAAGACUUGGGACUGGACUCGAAUCAGAUCGGUGCGCACCUGCCUGUUCACAGUCGGGACGAGGGCCAUGCACCUCGCUCUUCGACGGGAUCAUCUCACUCUCUCGUUCCAUCCUCGAAGAUCGCUGAAACUUCUUCGGCCACGUUGGCGAUGCCCGCUCGCAUCCGUGGGCGACUGACACAGGAGAUCGGCGAUCUGGCCGGCGCAAGCAACAAGGUGAUCACUGGUGUCAUGGGUUCGAGUAUCUCGGCGUUCAGUCGCAUGAUGGGUGCCAAUGCGAGCGUCGCUGAAGCAGGUGUGGAUGAAUCAUUGGGAAGGAAGCGCGCAAAGAGCAGUGCGUCGCUGAACGCAGCUCAUUCAGAAGGUGCUGUUGCACCAACACAAGCUGAUGCACAGCGUCCGUUACGGUCUCGUACCUCGAGUAGCGUCACGCCUACAGACGAUUCGUACUUGGGCGAGCAGUCGAAGGAAAAGGAAAAGGACACGGUGGGGACGCCGAGCACUGACAAACCCAGUAUCGGCGACCGACUAGCGAUGCUGAGUCGACUCGGUACUUCUGCUUUGUCGUCUUCGCCUUCAUCAUCGCUGGGCUCGGGAUUGCCUUCGGACAGCGGAUUAGGCGUGUCUGCAUCUGGUCAAUCCUUGAUCGCGUCGCCGCGUGCGGUUUCGCGAGAGCUACCGGGACCACCUCCUCCGACCAAAACCAAAACCACUCGGCCGGUGCAGAAUCGAACCACGUCGUACCUCGCCUCGCAGCUGUCGCGCACCACUGCGACGCCUCCCCGCACGUCGUCCGGCUCUCUCAGUGCUGUGCUAGCAGACGAAGUGGUGGCUGCUGCCAAGCCGCUCCCGGCGUCGCUGCGAUCGCCAUAUGCGCCGCUCUCACGUCCUCCGACGUGCGAUCGACCGUUGCAUAUUGUGCUUGCGAGCACCGGGAGCGUUGCUUCUGUCAAGAUUCCAUUGAUCGUGCAAGAGUUGUUGACGUAUGCCAAUGUCCGGGUUCAGGUGAUCGCCACGGACAAUUCGUUACAUUUCUACGACCGCGCUGACAUUGCUAAACUCAAUGCUGCUUCGGGCGGCGACGGAGAUGAGUACACUGUUGCUUCGCUGGCAGCUGAAAACCAGAGCGCGUCAGUGUGCGGGCGAGCGGCGUCGCACGUGCGUGCGCACCUAUGGACGAAUGCGGACGAAUGGACGUCGUUCUCGCGCAUUGGCGACCCGAUCCUGCACAUUGAGCUACGUCGAUGGGCCGACAUGGUGCUGAUUGCUCCGUGUAGUGCGAAUACGCUAGCCAAGAUCUAUGGGGGCAUGUGCGACGAUCUUUUGACGAGUUUUGUGCGUGCACUGGCGAGGGAUACGCCCAAGUGGAUGUUCCCGGCGAUGAACACGUUGAUGUGGGAGAAUGAGGUGACCGAGGUGCACGUCGACGCGCUCAGACGCAGGGGAUGGGUGGUCCAUGGUCCGGUCGAGAAGAUGCUGGCGUGUGGAGAUAUGGGCACGGGUGCAAUGGUGGAAUGGACCGAGCUCGUGCAGACGCUCGUACAGUGGGCGCACUUGGUCAGAGACGAGAGCCGAUGA